AUGGUAUGUUGACAGACACCCUCCUCUCCAUCCUGUGACCCUUGCUGACACUCUUCGCCCUUCUAGGGAAAGGCCUACAGUCAAGAGCAGCGGUGUGUGCCAGCCCACUUCCCUUCACAGCUUAGCAGAGAGUCCAUACUAAUAUCGAGGUGGACAGUGACCGUGUCAAAGGGCUCCUCGAGGCUGGCCGCGAUGAAGAAUUCAUAGAGAAGGAGACCGGCGUGUCCGAUCGGACAAUACGACGAUGGAAACUUGAGCUGGAGCGCACUGGGCGCAUUGGCAAGGUGGGACAUCAACCGCACAUGGACCGAGUUUGGUGGGAGCGCGCAAUGCUGAUAAAGGCGGACAGCCGCCGGAGAGCCGUACUGGUCGACAUCGAGUACUCACCGACGAGAUUGAAGCUGUAAGUCCGGCGACACAUUGCGACUGCGCGCAAGGGCAUGCGAUCUGACAAUUCUUGUGACAGGCGCUCUUUGAACAUGUCAAAGACAACCCCGAUAUGUCGGUUGACGAUAUGCUAUGGUGGCUCUACGAUACCUACAAGCUGGUAGUCGGCACACGAACGAUCCGGCGCGUGUUUGAGCGGAAAGGCGACAACAGCAAGAAGGGGAAGGGCAAGAGUGACGGCGAUGACAUGGAGGACGAUGAAGACGGCGACCAAAUCAACGAUAGUUCGCCGCCCGUGCAAGGGAACGGGCAGUACCAGUCUCCCUACGCACCCAUGGCCCAACAAAGCGCCAAUGCCGCCGAACAACACCUCGCCCACGCGUUUCAACAGCAACAACAGCAGACCCCGCAACAACGGCCACAUCAACAAACGGCAUCUCUGGCAAUGGAGCUUGAUACGGAUCUACCGGACGACGAAGAGACCAUUCAAUUGCAGUUGCAACAGAUCGCGUUGCAGAAGCGCGAGGUGGAGCUCAAGCUGAAGAUGCGCCGCUUGCAGAAUGGCCAGAGUGCUAAGAGCUCGCCUGUCUCGACCCGCAAGAGCAGUGCGCCGACACCCGGUUCCGGAGCCAGCUCACUGUACAAUCCAAAUGCUGUCAUUCCACAGCAGCCUAAGCGGGACUCGAGGAGCAAGAAGAAGAUUGAAGAGUCCAAGAAGCGCACAGCGGAGCGUCAAGAACGCAUGCUUCGCGAUCUGGAACGCAGAAGCAGACGUCGCGAUCAUCUGACGGCGGAAUGGGUGCAGAGCAAAGACAUCUGGCCGCUCCGAGCCCAAGGCAUGCUUGCGGACCUCAUGCACCAGUACAGCUGUUACGCCUUCAGUCAAGCCCAAGUCGACACGUUCGAGGCGAUGUACCGGGAACUAUAUCAACUCGUCGACCUGCAGAAGGGUGACUGGAUACCGCAAAUCCAUGACGAAAUGCUGCGAGAGCGCAUGAAGCGUAAGAUGGGCCAGCUGCGCACCAAGAUGCAGAAGACCGGCGAGAUUGUUGGACGGACAGAUGGCUACGGCGGUACCGGCUUCCAUAAGGCGGAAGACUAUACUGGAGAGCAGGCCGGUGCUGCUAUUGGCGACGAGAGCGAGAUGAUCGCGGACAUGCCAGGACCCGCUGAGAUGCAACAGCACGACAUGCAGCAACAUGAUCUGGCGCAACAUGAGUUGCAGCAACACGACAUGCAACAGCACGACAUGCAACAACACGACAUGCAACAACACGAGUUGCAACAACACGAGAUGCAGCAGCACGAUAUGCAAGCUCAAGCUGGUGCACCUCCGCCAAUGCACGAAGAGCACAUCCAGUAUGAGCCCGUUCCGGACCACCACCAAAUGGCCUCGAAUCUUCCGUAUGGCAUGAUGACCAAUCAAGGACCGCCGCAAUAUCCGAUGAUGGAUCAGAACCAUCCCGGAUUGAUGGCUCCGUAUAUGAGUCAGCUAGGCGGGCAGAUGAAUGGCAAUUCAGGCGUCAUGGGAUUGUAG